AUCUUCCGUGUCGGGGUAGUGAGUGUGUCACCGAGCAGAAGUGAUGUUCCUGCGCUCCUGCUGCUGUCCUCCUCUUCCUCUCAGGCUGAAGGCGCGCGGCGGAGAUCUCCGAUUUCCGGUAAGAUGAGGGACCGACUGGGCGACCUCCAGGUGUUCAUCUCCCAGUCUCCAGAGGAGGCGCGGCCGUCGGAGGAGAACCAGAACCCGGAGAACGCGGAGCCUCUGGAGCUUUUCAUGUUCGAUGGUGAAGAUGAGAUGGACAGAAUCUACAAAGAGGCCCAGGUGAUGCAGAAGGAGAUGCUGAUGCUGAAACUGGACGUGAAGCGCCUCGGGAAGCAGAAUGCCAGGUUCCUCACGUCCGUCAGGAGGAUCAGCAGCAUCAAGCGGGACUCCAACGCUCUGGGCCGGGACAUCAAGGCUCGGGGAGAGGCCAUCUACGCGCGGCUGGAGAAGCUGGGGAAGCAGAGCAGGGAGCUGGAGGAGGAGCACGGCGCCACGUCCGCCGUGGCCCGCAUGGCAGGCUCGCAGUGCGUCUACCUGACCAAUGCCUUCCACGAGGCCAUGUGUGAGUACAACACGGCCGAAAUGCUUCAGCGGGAGAACUGCAAGACCCGCAUCCAGAGGCAGGCGGAGAUCAUGGGCAAGGAGGUGAGCAGGGAGCAGAUCGAGGAGAUGAUCGAGACGGGGAAGUGCAGCCUGUUCUCGGACAACCUCCUGCUGGAGGGCAGGAGCGCCAGAUCCGCCCUCACCGAGAUCGAGAACCGCCACAAGGAGCUGCUGGAGCUGGAGGGACGCAUUCGGGACAUCCACGAGCUCUUCUUCCAGAUGGCCCUGCUGGUGGAGGAGCAGGGCUGCAAGCUGGACAACAUCGAGGCCAACGUGGGCCAGACCCGGGACUACGUGGCCGAGGCGUCUGCGCAGAUAAAGAAGGCCGUGAGAUACAAGAAGAACAACCCGUGCAAGAAGCUGUUCUGCUGCUGCUUCCCCUGCUGCCGCUGACGUCAUCGGCUGCACCUUCAUCCUCAGCUGCAGCUUCAUCAUCCUCUGCUGGACCUUCAUCAUCAGCUGGACCCUCAUCAUCCUCAGCAGCAGCUUCAUCAUCCUCAGCUGAACC